CUCCUCUACGCUAUAUGUCGGCAACUUGUCCUUCUACACCACCGAGGAGCAGAUCCAGGAGCUCUUCGCCAAGUGCGGAGACGUCAAGAGGAUUGUGAUGGGGCUGGACAAGAUCAAGAAAACCCCCUGUGGCUUCUGCUUUGUCGAGUACUACACAAGAGCAGACGCUGAGCACGCCAUGCGCUUUGUCAACGGCACACGGCUGGAUGACCGCAUCAUUCGAACUGACUGGGACGCAGGGUUUAAGGAGGGGCGGCAGUAUGGAAGAGGAAAGACUGGAGGACAGGUGCGAGACGAGUACCGGACAGACUACGAUGUUGGAAGAGGUGGCUUUGGCAAGAUCAUUCAAAUGCAGAAGGCGAGUCAUCAGCCUGCAGUUUAUUAGUUGCCUCGUGUAUCCUAGCUCGUAGAGGGCUUUGUCCUUCCAGAGCUAGCCCUGUUCCCAGAUCUUGGAUUGGGGUAGGGAGCGAGAUCCAAGUUCCAGCAAAAGGUGACCCUCCUUAGUCUGUGGAUGUAAGUGUAUUCAUUCCCCCUUCCUUCUGGGCUAGAGAGGGUGCUCUGUGCUGAUACAGGGCAACAAGGGGGAAAAAAAUGGAGAGGAUUCUGGGUAAGAAGAAAUGCAGCAUGUCCCACACACCUUGUGCUAGGAUAGUCUUCACAUUGCAGCUCAGCAUGUGGCUUCCUUAAGGC